AUGGGCUGUUUUCCUAGUAGGCCGUCAGAUGACGAUGCAGACAGCGAGAUAGAUCUCGAUCUUGACAGCACUCCACUGCUUCGUGAUAAUUCAGAAUUAACAGACAAUCAUAAUAAUGGAAAUGUCCCAGCGUCAAAACACGAAGAUCAAAACAUGGGAACGGAUAACCGAUUGGAAACACUUUUGUUGAAACUUGAACACGCGAGGAGCUUGAAAGAGAAACUAUAUGGACUGAACUCCAAGGCAGAACUUGAAAGUUGCCAAUCAAAAGUUGUUGGUAUUCUAAAUGCAGCUACUAUUGAAAUGAGUCGGCUGAUUAGAGAAAACAAACAUCACGACGCGGAAAAAGUUGUAAAAAGCAUCUUGUUGUUAAAAACUACGCUCGGAGACGAUUUUUUCGAAGCUGCAAGGAUCAAUGCUUUUGGCAGAGAAAUCACUGAUAUUGGAUCUUGCCUGCUUACGGGAGGACAAUACUUCAAGCCAGUUAUGUUCCACGAGGAUGACGAUAGCAUUGUUAAACUUUACNAAACUAUAUGGACUGAACUCCAAGGCAGAACUUGAAAGUUGCCAAUCAAAAGUUGUUGGUAUUCUAAAUGCAGCUACUAUUGAAAUGAGUCGGCUGAUUAGAGAAAACAAACAUCACGACGCGGAAAAAGUUGUAAAAAGCAUCUUGUUGUUAAAAACUACGCUCGGAGACGAUUUUUUCGAAGCUGCAAGGAUCAAUGCUUUUGGCAGAGAAAUCACUGAUAUUGGAUCUUGCCUGCUUACGGGAGGACAAUACUUCAAGCCAGUUAUGUUCCACGAGGAUGACGAUAGCAUUGUUAAACUUUACUUCUUCGUAAUUUCUGAAGUGGACUCAUCAAACGUUUUGUUUCGAUAUUAUCUGGAGCAUGCUAGUUUUCUAGACGAUUACUUCGCCCUGGGCUUAGUGACACCGCAAGGACAUACUCAAGUUGAGAUUUACGGAAGUGCUUGUCCUCCUUACUGGAGAAUACGACAAGAUGUGAUUAACAAUGCCACAGCCCGGCUCGCUCGUUUGCACGAUUCUGAUGAAUUUGAAUUUUCAGAUGAGUUGUCGGAUUAG